AAAACCGACCGGGACCGACCGGAACCGGAACUGGACCAGAACGUAGCCUUCCGGGUCGGUCCUCGGUCCUUUAAAAUUAGUCAUUCCGGGUUUCCGAUCCGGUCCGGGUAAAACCCGGUAAAUUCCGGGCUGGACCGGAAACCCGGGAAAAAUGUAUAUAUAUUUUGUUUUUUUUUUUUAAUUUCCUAAAAACCCUAACUUCUAUCAAUCUCAUUCACGAAUCACGCCUCUUCAGUCUUCAGUCUUCACUCUCACUCUCUGUCCUCCUCUAACCUCUUUCCCGUUCUCACUCUCUGCCCGACGCCGCCACGGCUCCGCCCCUGUUCUCAACCACGGCACCGCCCUCAUCUCUGCAGGCCGCAGCACCGCUCUCCUCUUCGACUUCCAGCCUCCAGCCAGGCUCCAGCCUCCUCCUUCGAUCACUCCAGUCGUCGACGCCUAACAGCCCUCACCGAAAAUUGCUCCUGUUCUAGUUCGAAAGUCAGAUGGCGAGCUCCCAAUCCAAAAGGGCACCGAUAUACUCUUCUGAUCAAACGGCACAUACACUUUCGGAUGCUUCUAACAACACUAAUAUUGAUUUAUUGCGGCAAUCCUUGCCUCCGGACAAGACACUUACGGAGGGACGGAAGUAUUUGGUUAGAACAAAAACCAAGAGGAAGGCUGAAUAUUGGAAGAACUACAUUGAGUACUUAGAUGAUGAUGGCAAACUACGUGCUGAAUGUAAGUUUUGAAAAAAAACUUUUGCUGCUGAUGGCAAUGUUAAUGGUACUAAAAAUGUUAAAAACCAUUCUGAAAAUUGUUUUGGUAAUCCUGAAAAUAAAGACAAGGGUAAGGGUAAGCAAAGUCAAUUGAAUUUUCAACCCGGGGAUAAUGAAAAUGAGGCUGGAAAACUGAAGUGUGGGGUUGUUAGUUUUAAAGAGGUUAGAGAAGAAUUGAUUUGUAUGGUCAUUACUGAUGAACUGCCAUUAAAACAUGUUGAAAAACCUGGUUUUAAGUAAUUUGUGGAAGUUGCUUGUCCUGGGUUUACCAUCCCUAGUCGUACUACUAUUGCUCGUGAUUGUUUACGCCUUUAUUAUCGUGAAAAAGAAAUACUUAAAAAAUCAUUUGAGGGAUGUCAAAAAAUUUGUGUCACAACAGAUACUUGGACUUCAAUUCAAAGAAUCAACUAUAUGUGUCUCACAGCUCAUUACAUAGAUAGUGAUUGGAAAUUGAAUAAAAAAAUUAUAAAUUUUUGUCCUAUUUCUAGUCAUAAGGGUGAGGCCAUUGGUAAAUCAGUGGAGGCAUGUUUAGAGUAUUGGGGUAUUGAGGAUAAGUUGUACACUGUUACAGACUUACAGUUGAUAAUGCUAGCUCUAAUGAUCUUGCUUGCGCACAUUUGAAAAAAAUGGUUCAACGAACUGGAUGUGUUAAUAAUGGAAAUUCUCUUCAUGUUCGAUGCAUAGCUCAUAUUAUUAAUCUUAUUGUUUGGGAUGGUAUUAGAGAGCAUGGUGUGUGCAUUGAUAGGGUUAGACAUGCUGUAAAAUAUAUCAAGAAUUCUCCUGCUAGAUUUGCUAGGUUUAAAGAUCUUGCUCAAAAGGCUAAUAUACAAAGCAAAUCUUCUUUAUGCUUUGAUGUCCCUACUCGAUGGAAUUCGACUUACAUGAUGAUGGAAACAGCUUUGAAAUUUCAAAAAGUUUUUGGUGGGGUGUCACUUCCCGAUGGAGAAGGUGUGAAGGAUAAUGAAAAACCUCCUGACCAUGAUGAUUGGGUCAAGGUGGGAAGGUUAGUUUUGUUUUUGGAGGAGUUUUAUCAUUUGACUCGUAAUGUCUCUAGUUCUCUUUAUGUGAAAAGUAAUAAAGGUUUAUUUGACAUUGCAUAUGUUUAUGAUUUUCUAAAUGAAUGGGAAAAAAGUGAUGAUUUGAAUUUUCAAGCUAUGGCCAUUUCAAUGAAGAAAAAAUUUGAUAAGUAUUGGGGAAAAGUGGCUAAUAUGAAUAUGUUUAUACAUGUUGCUUCCAUUCUUGAUCAUCAAUCCAAAUUUCGUAUUGUUGAGGAAAUACUUAGCGAUAUGUAUGGAGAGGAAAAAGGGACAAGACUUGGUGUUAAAGUAAAGCAAUUUACUUACUCUUUAUUUGAAUAGUAUAAAAAUUUGUAUUCUUCCUUCAUUCCUCAAAGUGGCCAUAGUGAAGAUCAUGUGCCAAUUGAUGUAGAUGUUGAUGUGUCGGAUAAGAGUAAGAAUAAGGCGUAUUUUGCAAAAGUUAAGGGUAGAGUUAAUAAAAAGAUGAGAGCGGAUAAUGCAUUUGCAAAUAGUGAGUUUGAUAGAUAC